AUGUCUGGGAUCGCCUUAUUAGUAGCUAAGUACUGCAUAUUAUCUGAGAUAGUCUUUUUCAACGUCGUUGGACUUUUUGGUCUUCUUCUCGCUAUGAAUGCUUUCUUUCACAUAUUCUGUCUUUUGGGUGAACUAGUUAACGCCUGUUUCAUACUGUUCGGGCAACCUCCAGCUAGGAGUCACUGUUAUUCGUAUAUAGCAAUCUACAUCUUCUCGAUCUGCCAACAAGUUUUUAUUACCCUAUCAAUGGCUGUCGAUUUACUGGUUGCACUUCUAUUCCCGAUAUGGUGCAAUUCUACGCCAUAUCUUCUUGUACUCAUUCUGAUGGGAACCACUUAUUCUCUAACUUUUACAGCAUGGGGUUUCGUUGCUCGCGACGAUGAAGUUCUAUCAUUUUGCAAUCCACCCUUAGCUAAGCCUUCCGCGAACCGCGAGACUCGCAGAGUUGUCAAACGACUUGAGGUCAGUGUGGUCGUCUUUAUUUUUUCGUGGUACAUGGCUAUCCUCGGUGUGAAUGUCGGGUAUGCGUUAGGGCUGAGUGAGGAUGCCCUUGCCAUAUGGCGUUCCAACAUGCCAAACUUUCUACGUGUGCAUAUGGCGCUCAGCGGAAUACCGCACGGCCUUCUUGGAGCAGCUAUCUAUCAUGACCGGCCAGUGCUUUUAGUUACCAACAAAAAUCAUCAAGUUUCGAGACACAUCCAACUCAAAGGGCUUCUCCUCGCUAUGAAUGCUUUCUAUCACAUUAUUUGCCUGGUUGGCGAACUAGUCAAUGCCAGCUUCCUACUUUUUGGUCAUCAACCAUCAAGAAGGCGCUGCUAUAAGUACAUAAUGGCUUAUGUCUUCUCUAUAUGUCAGCAGGUUUCUGUUACUUUAUUGAUGGCGAUUGAUUUAUUGGUCGCACUCAUAUUCCCAAUAUGGUACCGCAGGCGUUCCACAGCACCAUAUAUUGUUAUUUUCGCCUUUAUAGGAAGUACCUAUUCCCUUCCUAUUACACUAUGGGGUUUCAUCGCUUGCGAUGAUGAGACCAUUCCUUUUUGCAAUCCACCGAUGGGUAAACCGUCGACGAGCCACGAAACUCGAAGGGUACUCAAACGUCUCAGGGUCACCGCGGUCGUGUUCAUCUUCUCGUGGUACAUGGCUAUUCUCGGUGUAAAAGUUGGUUAUGCAAUGGGGCUAGACGAGGAUGCCUUAGCCAUAUGGCAAUCCAAUAUGGUCGUUUUCGCCUUGCUUUGUUACAGUCAAGCUUUCUACGUGUGCUUAUGGCGUUCCUUUGAGUAUCGUGAAGCCUUUUUGGAGCAGCUAGCUAUGAUGACCGGCAAUAUUAUCAAUUAUCAGCCAAAACCUGUUGCUAGCAACUCAACAACAACGAAAGUCGUGCAACUAAGUUCAAAAUUGCCGCGAUGA